CGAUCAUUCCGGGAUUGACUUCCUGCUGCCUGCCGCUGACAUGGCGACGCCGAAGGAGGAGGCACGUGGCCUUUUCAGGCAGGGCGUGCAAGCGGUGUUGGACGGCUGGGCCGUGUUGCAGAUAGCAGUUGAAAAUGGCUUUGGAGGGGCACAUAGCCAAGAGAAAGCUGAAUGGAUGGUGGGGGCUGUGGAGCAAUACUUUGAAAGCAAUGCUGACCUUGAACCAGAGGAGAUAGAGGACUUCCUUGCUGAAUUGAUGAACAAUGAAUUUAACACUAUAAUAGAAGAUGGAAGCUUGGCUCAGGUAAGCCAGCAACUGUGCCUGUUUUUCAGCCAGAGCCAUCAGGGAGAUAUAGCAUCAAUGCGUGAUGCCAUUACUCACCUGGCACAGAAGAAACAAGAGGCUAGGAGGGCAGUUGCCAAAUCUCAGCCAGCUGCUGAAAGCAGCAGUGAAGAAGAACAAGAAACAGAAGAGGAGGCCAUGGACUGCAGUGCUGGUUCCAGCAUGAAUGGAAUACAAAGCAACCCGUCUCCAUUGUCAGAUAGGACCACCGAAGAUGGAUGGAUGUUGGUGACAAGGAAAAAGAAAUGAAGGGAAAAAACUAUGGCAGACCUGGACAGAUGCAGCAGUGAACUCUUUGUGCUGCCAAGCCUUGAAUUUUCCUAUAGGACACACGAUAGGCUCCCACAGAAGCCUGGGCACAUUGGAAGCACUUUGUUGACGGUAUCUUUCUCCUGACUUAACAGAGGCUGAAUGGAAUUCAACUUGGCAUAAAAUAUUUUUAAUCUUUAAAGUUUCUUCCCCCUCAAAAUUGGAAGAUGUUCUUCCUGGAGUUUGAAACAAAUAUUGAACAACAAUGUAGGUUCUUUGAUGGAGGAAGUUCUCCUGCUGUGUCCUAUUCAUCGAUCAUCUUGUUCAAGUCAUUGGAAAGGAGGCAACUAUUUCCCCUCCUUCCAGGAAGGCAAAAUCUAACCAUCCUUACUAUGCAAAGAAAGGACUGCAUUCAUUCUUACUCAAAGAAAAAAAAAAAGAGUGUAACAGAAAAAAAUCUUGUAUUUUAAAAAAAAAAGAACAAUGAAAAACAAAAUACAACAAUGAAACGAAAAGUAAAAUGGACAAUACACAAAUCAUGAUGGUAGGGCACAGGAAGUUUGGGUCAAUAAAAGCUUCCCUUCCCCUAACCUUUGCAGUGGCCAGCCACUAUACAAGAGCAACAAUAAAAUAUUAUUUUGGUAA